AUGGAUAUGCGAGGCCUACGCUUCCUAGGCAGAUAUCGCAACACAUGUCGCCCACAACAAUCCUUUAGUCAUCCGACGACCAACGGAACGAGACGAUUUUCACAGCGGUCGAACCUGCGACAACAAGCACCAUCACAAGGGAAUACUGAUAUGAAACAGAAGAAUGCGUCUACAUUAUACUACACUGCCAGCGUUAUCGUUGGCACUCUUGCCCUGGCCUAUGGCUCUGUACCUUUAUAUAAGAUGAUCUGCCAACAAACCGGCUGGAACGGCCAACCAGUCCAAGUCCACAAAGCCGGCGACGGCGACACAGCCUCUCGACUCAAACCCGUCACCGACUCACGCCGCCUGCGCAUAACCUUCAACGGCUCCGUCUCCGAUGUUUUGCCUUGGAAAUUCACCCCUCAACAACGCGAAGUUCGCGUCCUCCCCGGCGAAACCGCACUCGCAUUCUAUACAGCCACAAACAAGGGACCCAACGACAUCAUUGGCGUCGCAACAUACAGCGUUACGCCGGCACAGGUAGCGCCGUAUUUUAGUAAGAUUCAAUGUUUUUGUUUUGAAGAACAAAAAUUGAAUGCGGGCGAGUCGGUGGAUAUGCCCGUUUUCUUUUUUAUUGAUCCGGAUUUUGCGAAGGAUCCGAGCAUGAGGAAUAUUGAUACGAUUACGUUGUCGUAUACUUUUUUCAAGGCUCGGUAUGACGAUAAUGGGAUCUUGAGACCUACUGCAUAG